GAAUUAUUCGAGUAACAAUGUUUUCCGUAAAAGUGUUGUACGCUUUAUUGCUUGUAAACUUUCAGUUUCAUUGUUUUAAAAGUGAAAAUGUGACUGUUAAGUUGUUUAAUAUGGCAGUGUUAAAACAAAAAAUUGUUAUUGAUCUUGAAGAUACUAAUAAUCUUAAAGAAGUGCUGCCUAGAUUUGGUUAUGAUACUUUAACAAUUGAGGACGACAAUCUACCAGUUAUUGCUAAAGAUUUUUUAUCUAAUUUAGAUGAAGUUGUCUCUAUAGAAAUGCUAAAUGAUGGCAUAGAAGUUUUGAUGCCAGGUUGUUUUAAAGAACUGCAAUCACUUCGAACAAUAAGUUUACCUCAAAAUAAAAUUAAGAAUAUUCCAGAAGGUGUAUUUGAUAACCUUAAUAUAUCUUCCUUAAAUUUAAGAAGUAAUGCUAUAGAAAAUAUUGAUGGGAAAGCAUUGAACAACAUGCCAAACUUAAUAAACAUCGAUCUGGAAAACAAUAAUAUAAAAAUUUGGAACAGUGAUUGGUUCUACAAUACACCAUUUGUAUCGAGAAUUAAUUUUAGAAAUAAUUCUUUGGAAAAACUUCCGGCAAACGCCUUUAACAACAUACAAGGAAAUAAAGUUUAUUUACGAGUACCUUUAAAACGUACCUUACAAUUCAGCUACAAUAGAUUAAAAACCAUCGACAUUGGUGCUUUUAACGGUUUGUCUGAAAUAAAUAAUUUGUGGCUGGAUCAUAAUCAGUUGCAAUCAUUCAACGAAGUUCUCAUUAAAAACGCCAAAAUCGAAGAGUUAAGAUUGGAUGGAAACGAAAUCAAACGUCUAUCUGGAAACUGGAAAAACCUUUUGGAAAUUCCAUUUAUUUCAGUUGAUGCCAACCCGUUCGAUUGCGAUUUUCUCAGAAGUAUUAAAGAGUGGAGCGAUGAAAACCACAAGAAAAUCGACGUUUUUUACUCGGAUAUGGAUUGUGUGGUGAAUAGAAUCAAAGGGAAGAUGGAUGAUAUUAGAAAUCGUCUGGAGCAGUUGAAGGAAGAAAGAAUGGACUUGACAACCAUUGAACCCAUGACAUAAAGUAUUGCAAAUACAGUACACCAUUGGCUGUAAUUUACAGCUAUGAUCAAAUGUUACUUUUAUUUGUGCAAACCUGCUUAAAAUUAGUUCAAACAUAAGAAGUCAUUGAAUUAAAUUGUGAUUCUAUUAAAUCCGUAUUAAAACUUAGUUAGUUAAACCAUAAGAAAUUAUUGAAUUAAAUUGUUAUUUAAUUGAAGCCACAAUGAAUCUUAAUGAAAAACUAUCAUUGGCAUAAAUAAAGUUAUGGUUUCUAAUGGCUACAUUAAAUGCAAUCAAAGCUCUUUUACCUUUAAAUAUGUAUAUUCUUGUGCAAAUAUUAGUUGUAUAAUACAUUAAUAUGAACUUUAAAUAAAAUGAAUUCUGGAAACUGCUUCUGGUAGUCUUGUGUACACAUGUUUUUUGAUCCAUAAAAUGAAAUUGUUCUGUUUGUUCUGGAACUAUUAGGAACCCACUAGAAGUGUUGGUGAUAUUAGGCUCUAAGAAAGUUGCUGACCCAUCACUAGCAACAGUUACUGUACUGUAUGUGCAGGAUCUGUCUGCCAUGGCACAUGGUUAUUCUAAAACGAAAUAGGAAUUUCAUCUUAUGUAUUUAGAGGCGAAUCCUAAAGAUUGCUGAAAGUCCUAAAGCAAUAUAUACUUUCAGG